AUUAAACUGCAACAAACCUACCGUGCACACCCCUAUUAAACCCUAAAAUCCCCAACAAAAAACUAACGUUUUUCUUCUGCGUCAGUGCUUCUAUUUGCUGUCUCUGCUCAAUUGCAAAACCCUAAAACUAAAACAUGGGCUCCAAAAACAAAAAUAAGAGAAAGAAUAAGCAGAAGAAGGAUUCAGAUGACAACGAUAACAGGAAGAAGAUCAUCACAGACUCUCGAUUCGCGUCCGUACACUCGGACCCUAGGUUCCAGAAUGUGCCGAAGCAAAAAUCAAAAGUGGAGAUUGAUUCUCGAUUCAACCGCAUGUUCACCGACAAAAACUUUGCAUCGUCUUCAGCUCCAUACGACAAAAGAGGCAGACCUAAAGAGAAGAGCAAAAGCUCUGACAAUUCUCUGAAACAUUAUUACAAAAUUGAAGAAGAAAAUAAAAAGAAAGAAGAGGAAGAGAAAGAAUCAGAGAGUGAUAGUGAAAGUGAAUUGGAGGAAACUGGUGACGUGCACGUGGUGAUAAAGACUGAGUCGGAGGAUGAGGAUGAUGACGUGGAUGAGAGUAGUUCUGAUGAAGAAGACGAAGAAGAGGAUGUAUACGAGAGUGAAGUGCCUGAAGAGGAGCAGGAAACUAUACCAGAAAUUGAGAAAGAAACGCGCAGGUUAGCUGUUGUUAAUAUGGAUUGGAGACAUGUUAAGGCUGUUGAUUUGUAUGUUAUAUUGAGUUCAUUCCUGCCAAAAGAGGGACAAAUUCUGUCUGUGGCUGUAUAUCCAUCUGAGUUUGGAAUUCAGCAAAUGAAAGACGAAGAAAUUCAUGGCCCUGUUGGUCUAUUUGAUAAUGAAGAUAAAAACAGUGAUGAUGAAGACAAUGAUGAAAUUGACGAGGAGAAAUUGCGUGCCUAUGAGAAAAGUAGGCUCAGGUACUACUAUGCUGUUGUGGAAUGUGAUUCUAGUGCAACAGCAGACUACCUUUACAAAGUUUGUGAUGGAGUUGAGUUUGAAAGAUCAUCAAACAAGCUUGAUUUGAGAUUUAUUCCUGACUCUAUGGAGUUUAAACAUCCACCUCGGGAUGUUGCAAGAGAGGCUCCUACAAAUUAUGGCGGUUUAGAUUUUUAUACCAAAGCAUUGCAGCAUAGUAAUGUUCAUCUUUCUUGGGAUGAUGAUGAACCAGAGCGUUCAAACACCUUGAAACGGAAAUAUAAUGCUGAUCAGCUAGCUGAAUUGGAAAUAAAGGAGUUUUUGGCUUCUGAAGAGAGUGAAAGUAAUGAUGAAGAUGAUAACGUCACAGAGCAAUCUGAUAAAAGGAGUAAAAAAAGAGAUAUGUACCGUGCUUUGCUCCAGUCUGGUGAUGGUUCAGGAGAUGACGAGGAGGAUGGCCAGGAUAUGGAGGUCACUUUCAAUACAGGCCUGGAGGAUAUAAGCAAGCGCAUUUUGGAAAAGAAGGAUAAGAAGUCAGAAACAGUUUGGGAGGCCUAUCUCAGAAAAAGAUGUGAGAAAAAUAAGGCCAGGAAAAAUAAAUCAAAGUAUUCAUCAGAUGAGGAGAGUAGUGAUACUGAUCAAGAGGCAGUAGAAGAAGCAGACGAUUUUUUUGUUGAGGAGCCUUCGGUUAAAAAGAGUAAAAAGGGGUCUCGGAUUAAAGGUGAGAAAGAAGGAAAGCAACAUCAAGAUACAGAUGUAGAAGCAAAUGCAAGCAUGGCAGAGCUUGAGUUGUUAUUGGCUGAUGACAAAGGGAUGGAUAAUGGAUUGAAGGGAUAUAAUUUGAAGCCUAAGAAGGCCAAGGGGAAAAAGAGAAAUGAAGUUCCAAAUGAAGACAAAAUACCUACUGUUGACUAUGAAGAUCCACGGUUUUCAGCUCUUUUCACUUCUCCUCUUUAUGCUUUGGAUCCUACUGAUCCACAGUUCAAAAGAAGUGCAGCUUAUGCUCGGCAGGUAGCACAGAGGCAGCAGAAGACCGACUCAAGAGAAUUAGUGGAUAAUGAACCUAGUAAUUUACCAUCUAGUGACAUUGAGGCAAACAUGCCCAUGAAGUCCGAUGUUUCUGCUUCAAAGAUGGAAAAGCAUGAGUUGUCUUCAUUGGUUAGAUCAGUCAAGAUGAAAUCCCAACUAGUUCAGUUGCCCUCCAAUGGUAAGAAAGAUAGAUUGUCAUCUAUAGAUGCUGAAGAAAAGGAUGUUUAUCAACCUGUAAAGAAGAAGACCAAAGUCACAAGAAAUUGAAACAAGGAAAUAGGUGUGAUACCUAUUAUUCUUCACAAGUGGAAAUUGAGAUGCUAAGAGAGUUUCACAUGAGACCAUUGACAUAUUUUAUUGCCCUUUUUGUUGUUAAAUUAUUUAACUCAAUUCUGUUGACAACCUUUUUUAUUUUUAUUUUCAUUUUCAUUUUUAUUUGGCGUUUUGAAGUAGCCUGUUUGUAGAAGGAAAUAAGAGUAUUUGCGUAGAGCCUCAUUCUGCGGUUAUACUUAUGGCUGUUACGUUUCGCAAAUUCACAUAAUAAUAUGUGCUUCCUCGCCUUUA